AUGACCAAGUCCAACUUCAUUACUGCGGCAGUCCUAGCUUUCGCUGCAACUGUCUCCGCCCAGUGCGGCUCGGGCACCCCCGACGCCAUCGUUGACGGCUCCGAGGGUGCCUACACGGCCACUGUUGAGGGCAGCGAGGUCUACUCUGGGUCCGAUUUCUAUACCGCGAUCACUAGCGCUCUCGACGGGAUAAGCUCGGGCCAGCGUCUGUCCAUUCUUGCAUCCGGCUCUAUCGGCACCAAUGUCGUCUCCAUUCCCAGUGGACGCAUCUUCGAAGGAUGCGGGACGAUCGACGUGCAGGCGAACAGCGGCCGAGGAAAUAUCCGGUCAUUGAACACGGAGAACGUGCAGAUCCCAUACUUGACGCUGACUGGGAGCCCGUAUUUUGGGCUUCACUUCUACGGCGUCUCUGGUCUGUCUCUCGGUCAGAUCACGAUGAAUUUGAGCGGAGGGCUGGGGAUCCGGUUCGAGCGCGAUGAGGCGGCGAAUUCUGAUGUCUCGAUGGAUGUGAUCAACAUCACUGGCGCGGGAAGCCACGCUGUCGAAACUUGGAACAUUGAUGGUCUCACCAUCAACCAGGUCAUUGCCCGGGACGUCGGGGAGUGCGGGCUUCUCCUGCAGACCACCACGAACGCGCGUAUCGGGACGGUUGACGGAGACAACGUCGCUGCAGGCACCGGCUACGCGACGUUCAGGAUGGCCAAUGCAAAUGGUCGCCUGAGCGAUGGGAGCUACGACACCAAUGUCUAUGUUGAGAACGUGAUUGCGCGCGGUGGAGGAAGAGGCAUCUUCUGUGUCUCUGAGAGUGGAGGUGUUGAGAUUGGCAAUGUGGACAUCAGUGACACAGAGAACAACGCGAUCCUCAUUGAGAACUGCUAUGGCGUUAGUAUUCUGGGCGGCAGCGUCAAUGGAGGAGGCGAUGUGAGGAUCGCGGCCAGGGAUGAGUUUGAGAAUACGCGCGAUGUGAGCAUCAGCCUCGAGGUCAAUGGGGCGAACGUAGUUGAGAAUCCGUGCGGCGAGAAUAUCACCUGGGAUAUUACUGGUGACGCGACCUUGAAUGUCUGUUAG